CACCGCACCGCCCAUUUCGCUUUGCACACCUCAACCCUCCCGUCCCCUCCCCUCCUCUCCUCUCCUCUCCUCCACGCCGACCACUCCCCAUCCCCAUCUCUCUCCCCUCACCGCCGCCGCCGCCGCCGCCGCCGCAGAGCAGGACGCUUCGGGUGGCGCGGGGGAGGGCAAGGCCGAUCCGAAGCUCAUCGGCGGGAGGUUGCCCCCCCACGCGAUUUCCACCGGUUCCGGGGGUGGGGGUUCGAUCCGCGCGGAGCCGACGGCGGGUGCGGGGGCCGUGCCGUGAGGUCCGCCGCCGCCGCCGUUCCCGGGGUGUAGGGUUUUUGGGUUCCCGGCCCGGCGAGCGAAGCAUUGGUUGGCGUGGCCGCGGCGGGUUGUUUUGUUUUUUUGCUAUGGGGAUGGUGCCCAACGGGCUCCUGCCCAAUGCGUCGGCCGGGGUCACGAGGCGGCUCGACGGCGAGCGGUGGGCCGCCGCGGAGGUGCGGACCGCGGAGCUGAUCGCGCGCAUCCAGCCCAACGCCGACUCCGAGCGGCGGAGGCGCGCCGUCUACGACUACGUGCGGCGCCUCAUCACGAACUGCCUCUCGUGCCAGGUUUUCACAUUUGGAUCGGUCCCUCUGAAGACUUACUUACCUGAUGGUGACAUUGAUGUCACUGCUUUUAGUGAUAGUGAAGAAUUGAAGGAUACUUGGGCUAACUUGGUUCGGGAUGCAUUGGAGCAUGAAGAGAAAAGUGAAAAUGCUGAAUUUCGUGUAAAAGAAGUUCAGUAUAUACAGGCGGAGGUAAAAAUUAUUAAGUGUCUUGUGGACAACAUUGUUGUUGACAUAUCAUUUAAUCAAGUUGGUGGAUUGUGUACACUUUGUUUCCUUGAAGAGGUUGAUGCCUUGAUCAGUCAGAAUCAUUUAUUCAAGAGGAGUAUUAUAUUGAUAAAGGCAUGGUGUUUCUAUGAGAGUCGUAUUCUUGGAGCUCACCAUGGUCUUAUAUCUACCUAUGCAUUGGAGACCCUGGUUCUGUACAUUUUUCAUGUGUUCAACAAUUGUUUUACUGGACCACUGGAGGUAUUAUACCGUUUCUUAGAAUUCUUCAGCAACUUUGACUGGGAGAAAUUUUGUUUGAGUUUGUCGGGUCCUGUUCCUAUAAGUUCACUUCCAGAUAUGACUGCGGAGCCACCACGGAUGGAUGCUGCUGAAUUGUUGCUGAGCAAGUCCUUCCUUGAUAAAUGCAGUUAUGCAUAUGCAGUUACACCUCGCAUCCAGGAGAGCCAGGGUCAACAACCAUUUGUUUCAAAGCACUUCAACGUUAUUGAUCCUUUACGGACAAACAAUAACCUUGGAAGGAGUGUAAGUAAAGGCAAUUUCUUUAGGAUACGCAGUGCGUUUUCCUUUGGGGCGAAAAGGUUGGCAAAGUUACUCGAAUGUCCAAAAGAAGAUCUAAUUGCUGAAGUAAAUCAGUUCUUCACAAAUACAUGGAUAAGACAUGGUAGUGGCAAUCGUCCUGAUGCACCUACACUAGGUCUGGUUCAUCAGCAUCAUCUGAAGGUUGUCCCUGCUGAAGCAUCAAAUAGUCAGAGAAGUGCGAUGGCACUCAAGAAAAACGCUGAAAAUCCUAAUAUUCGUGCUAACCAGGAUAAUCUCAGUGAAAAUGCUAAUAGCUAUCCUGAAGCUACUUCUCAGCCACUUCAGAGAAGUGUUCUACACCCGAGAAAUUCACUGAGAACAGUCAACCCUUCUGAUUCUCAUGCUCAUCACCAAAAAGUUCAUGUGACACAUGCCAAUACAAAGGUCUCUGAGCAGCUUGAAAGAAACAGUUCUGAUGGAUCAAUGCAAAAUGAAAGGAACAAGACAGUACCAAAUUCUCUCUUUGUUAAUGAUAGAAAUGGGCAAAACAGGUCUCGGUUUGCAAGAACCCGCUCUAGUCCUGAACUAACGGACCCUUCUGUUGAAGGAUAUUCUCGUGGAAGACGGACUGGAGUGGUUGAAAUGGACAAAUCUUUGAAGGUUGAUUACAAUAGCAGAAGAAACAACUUGGCUCCAGAAGUUUCUAGCAGCCACAUCACUAAGUCUUCACAGGAUGAGUCAGUGUCUUCGAUGAACAGUUCAUCUCACUAUAGUGGGAAAGCAGCUUCUGACUCAAACAGUGUGUCAAGCAGCUACCGCGAAGAUAAUGGUUUCAUAAUGAACGAAGAACUUCCUUCUGUAUCUGAGGCAUCAGAUAAACAGCAAGAGGAGCAAGUCCUAGUUAAUUUAAUGUCAUCAGCUAAAUUGCAUGACUUCAACGGGCAAGUUCAAUUGCCAAUAGAAAUGCCGCCUCAUUUUUCGGUGGCACCCUCCCCUUUACUUGCACCAGCAGCUUUUCCCCCAAAACAUUUUGCUGGAAUUCCACCAACUAGCUUAAUUGGGGCUCCAUGGUCCAAUAUGCAUUUGAUCCAUGGAUAUGUUUCACCACCCAUGGCCCAUUAUGUCCAAAACCAUACUUUCGCACCAAACAUCGAAGAAGGUAACGAGAGUGAGAAACCUAUUACACCAGAUGCGAGUCGUGAUGAUGGCAACAAUUGGCAUGAGUAUGGUGUUGGAUUUCCUAGAUAUUUUAAUCAUCAAGGAAGAGAUCCACAGAUGCGCCACUUUAAUGGAAAAGAGCAUUCCUCUUCACCUAACAGUGUAUCUGGUGCCCCCUUUGAAAGACAGGGAGAGAUUGCUGUUGAGGAUAAUGGAGCAGUAGAAGAGAAUUAUACCAACAUGUUUCAAAACCAAACAAGUAGACAAGCCAGCAUAAAUACUCGAAUAGGUAGUGGAAAUGCAAGAAUCCCUUCUUCACAAUCCGGUUUGUCAAGAAACAAAGCUAUGCCUGAGAAUUCAUGGGGUGAAUCAGCUGGAAAUACAACAAGAUCAUUGAGGGACAAAUGGGGAAAAAGGCCUGCCUUUGCAGCACCUGACACAACUACACAUAGCAAAAAUAAUACUGGUUGGCAGACUGGAAAUGCUUCUGAGCAUAUCCCCCCAGAGGUUGAUGAUGGUGCCCGGAAUGGGGUUAUAGUACCAAACAUUAGACAUGAGGCCUCUGACAUAAUAACAGGGUCUGGCUCAACAGCAUCAAGAACUAGUCAAGUGCCAAAUGAUUUUGAACCAUCACAGAUUGGCAUGCCUAAUCCACUGUUUGCACCUCUUUUUAUUGGAUCCCCUCAGCAGAGACAAUCUGGUAAUGGCGGACUGACUUUUAUUCAAACAGGUCCAGCGGUUCCUUUUUUGAUGUUGCCAUAUGCUCCUGGGAAUGAUGGAUCUGUUCCACAGUUUGAGAGGAAUGAAGGGGUUGAUCAACUUCCUGUCAAUAUUGCUGUCCAAAAUUUUAGUUCACUCAACAAUGUUCACCAUCCUGAUAUCAAUGCUACCUCAACAGCUUCAUCCAGUACUGCAGGUGAUCCAUCUGAAGAGCAAAAGCCUGACAUUUUGAACAGCGAUUUUGAUAGCCAUUGGUGUAAUUUACAAUAUGGACGGUCAUGCCAAAACCCGCGCCCCAUGAAUCCUGUGUUAUACCCCUUUGCAGUGCCACCAAUGUAUUUGCAGGGCCAUGUUCCAUGGGAUGGGCCUGGCAGACCAGCUUCAACAAAUGUUAACUGGACCCAGAUGGUCCCCCCCAGCCAACGAAUCUAUCCUAUGAUGCCUCUACAACCUUCUUCUGAAAGAAUUACUGGUGGUCCACAGCACCACACGGAGGAUGCGCCCAGAUACCGUGGUGGCACAGGAACUUACUUGCCAAAUCCUAAGGUUCCAUUUAAGGACCGACACUCAGGCUCAAGAAACCACAGAGGAAAUUAUAACACUGACAAGGGUGACCAUAAUGAUAAAGAAGGAAAUUGGAUAAAUUCAAAACAACGAAAUCCUGGCCGCAGCUAUGGACGUAGCCACUCAGAGAGGUCUGGCAUACGAUCGGAUAGACAAGCAGCAGAUGAAAACCAGUAUGAUAGGCAGCGGCGAUCUUAUAGAAAUGAUUCAUACAGGCAUGAGACAGGCGCCCAAUCUUCUGGAUCAACAAACUAUAUACGCAGACCAGGGAACAUGACACAUGGGGAUCCAUCACCAUCUGCUUCAAAUGGUAUCGGUGCCCUUUCUGGGUCUUCAGCUCCAUAUUUCAUGUACUACUCAUGUGAACCAGGCACAAAUCACGGUUCUUCAUCUGAACCACUUGAAUUUGGUUCACUUGGGCCAGUUCCUACAGCUGAUGGUGGUGACAUGCCACGACCCACUCGCCAAGCAAUGCCCAAUGAGUUUUAUGGGCAAAGGCAUGUUGCAUUUAGGGGUGGCUCCUCUCAUUCAUCUCCUGAUCAACCAUCAUCACCUCAAACUCGCAGUCCGUUCUGAUCUCCUAAUCUGAUGGCUGGUCGCAUUGAAUCCGGUGCUUAUGGUUGGUUUGGUGAUGAGCUACCCAGAAAGCAAUUGUGCUCUGGCAGCUGAUACCGAAUACUUUUAGCGGCCUCACCAGAAUUUACUUCAGUCCGACGAUACAUCAGAUUUAUCAUAGCACUACCUGAUAUCGGCAGCACCAACCUUCUGAUUUCUGAACAAGCCAUACAACUUGGAACCCUGAAUAUCUUCAUGAAGAAUUAACCUAAAGGAUAAGCUCGAGGAUUAACUGAGAGUGCCACCCUUCUCUGUAAUAUUACCGUCAAAAGAUGACUAUUAAUGCUGAAGGAAGGAGAAGGAUUGGCUUUUCAACCUUGAAAAGCAUGGAAAAUUAUUGGUGGACAAAUGUAACUGAAUGAAUGAGAUAUUCUCUUGUCUACAGGUAGAAGAGAGAUCGUGUACUCUAGUUUACAUACAACAAAACUUUUCACAUUAGAUGUACUAGAUUUUAGGCGAAUCCUCAACAGCAAAUUGAACGGUUCUGUUUCUAGCAUCCUUUGACUCAGUAAAAAAAUUAAAGUUGGUACUCAUUUUUCUGGUGUCUGCUUGUUUAUUCCUGGUGCUUGCUUUUA